AAGUUUAGUUUGGAAUAAUUCAAAGCUCUAAUAUUUAAUCAGAAAGUAGUUGAUCUCUAUCUCUUUUAAGAGCAAUCAAAAUACAACGAUACGCCAGUCGUCAUGUUUACAUUGCUUCAUGCAAAUCGACUUGGGGAAAGAUUGAAUCAUGCGUUUGUCAAAGAAAGUUUACAAUAAUCAAGGCAGAUGUCGAGUGUUGUAUUUUUCACUCGUACAGAAAAUUUAACUACAGCACAAGUCCUCGAUGGCCGGAAAAUUCUGCUGCAAAUAGACAUAUUCUUUAGAGUUGUUAUAAAAUUCUUGAAAGAAUUAAGUCCUAGUCGGAGAAAUUCCUGGAACGAAUUCUUGAUAUUUCUGGGAAAAAAAAAAAUAAGCAUUACUCAACGGGAAGUCCAACAUCUCACUGAUUAAAGUUUGGUAUAAUUCAAAGGUUUGAUAUGUAAUCACAAGGCAGCUGUUCUAUAUUUCUUUCAUUAACUGACACCUCAGGAGCCAUGUUUACAUUGCCUCAUGCAAAUCGACUCAGAGAUGUAUUGAAUCAUGCGUUGUAGCACGAAAAUUUACAAUAAUCAAGGCAGAUGUUGAAGGCUGCCUUCUUCACCAGUACGUAAAACUGAAGGACAGCACAAGUCCUCGAUGACCACCUCAGAUUCCAAUUUCUUUGGCCGUUUCAGGAAAAAGCUCUAAAAAGAUUGAACUAGGUAAACGUUCACGCAAUUUGGAGGCGUUUUUCAUGGAAGAGGUCUAGGACAGCUGGGACAAGACUUGCAUUUUCGAUUGACUCCUGUCACUGCUUUUGACAGAAUCAGCAUGAUCUAGAAAGAAAUGGGGAACUCAACUAAAGAUCAAACCCUCGUGACGAUAGGAGACUUAUUUUGCAAGGCGGAUAUUGUUGACACACAUCAAAAGAUUCUUGUCUCUGCGUUAAAUGUUCUUCUUUCCGUCAUUGCAUUUCUUGGAAAUAUGCUGAUUAUUGUUGCUCUUCAGAAGCCCUCGUCUCUCUACCCGCCAUCGAAACUAUUGUUAGGUUGUCUGGCGAGCACUGAUCUUUGCGUGGGCCUGGUUACGCAGCCUCUUCACGUAAUCUAUUUGAUGCCUUCGGAACAAUUCAAACGCUGUCACCUUGUAGGAAUCCUUUCAAUUACUAUAGGUGCAUUUUUAGGUGGCCUGUCUUUGUUCACACUGACUGCAAUAAGCGUUGACAGACUUCUCGCUCUGUUGCUGGGACUACGAUACAGACAAGUGGUAACUUUGAAGAGAGUAUGGAUCCUUGUGGUUAGUUUUUCGCUUUCAAACGCUGCCAUUUCAAUGACAUUCUUCUACGGUCUACGCAUCACUGCAGCAUUCACCGGCAUAGCAGUGGCAAUGUGUAUGCUAACCUCAGUCUUCUGUUACGCGAAAAUCUAUAGUUCACUUCGUCAACAUCAAGUUUCAGUGCAAGAUCAUAUUCAACAAGGACAACCGAACCAAGGAAAGGCUGUGCUUAAUUUAGCACGAUACAGAAAGACUGUGUCCAGUGUAUUGUGGGUGCAGCUGACAUUGGUGGCGUGUUAUCUGCCUCAUAUCAUAGUGGUUACUAUGUUUGCUAUAUCGGGAUCAGCUUCACCAUCUCUUGCCCUCACUUGGGCUGUGACGCUAUCCCUGGUUUACUUCAAUUCAUCAUUAAACCCAUUUCUGUACUGUUGGAAAAUGAGGGAAGUGAGGAAAGCGGUCAAGAACACCAUCAGUCAGUUUUGGCGUUGCUCAAGUUAAUUGGCUCAUAGAAAAACAAAAUUAGAAGGAAAAACUGGACUGCAAAGCCGUCGACAAAAAUAAUAUUCAAAUUAAGCUAUUAGCCCGAAAUUGAACACCACGAGUCUUUGAGAUUUUGGACGUUUUCUGGCUUCUAAAUGCAUUUCUUGGCUUAAACUGGUAUAAUAAUAUACUGUAAAGGUCACUAUAAAAGUUAACGUUAAAAAAAAAAUUAAAAA